AUGUCGAAUGAAGCUCCUCCCCCAUUGGGACAACAGUUGGCUGGCCUUCUUGAGCCAGCCCAACUUAUGUUCUGGGCCAUGUCUCAUUACGUCCGCGUCUGCAAAGACGCAGUGUUCACCCGGGGCCAGGUCUUUGCCCCCAUUUUCCAAACUACAAAACUGAGAGAUGAGGCAUUUGGAAAGUUCUGGGUUGAGUUUAGUGCACCUCGCGGCGACCCAAACGCCGAACCAGUCGGCAGCUCAGCCCUGAUCCCACCCAUUCUUAAAACAUCCCGCGGUGUUGUCCUUGAUAUCGGCCCCGGUACAGGAACGCAGAUGCCACUCCUGCGCUCAAAAGAUAUCACCGCACUUUACGGCGCAGAGCCUUGUCUCGGUCUUCAUAGUGAACUGCGUGCGAAGGCAGUUUCAGAGGGCGUAUCUGAGAAAUAUCAUAUCUUGCCAUGCGGUGUCUCUACUAAGGAUCUCCUUCCUGCUCUCCGGGAUGCGGAGACCGGUGUAACGGAGGCUUAUGACUCGAACCCUAAGAAUGGGAUCUUUGAUACCAUUCUCUGUGUGCGGGUUCUGUGUUCUAUUCCUGAUAUGGAGAAGACGACUCGGGAGUUGUAUGGGUUGUUGAAGCCUGGUGGCCGGUUGCUGGUUACGGAGCAUAUAGUCAAUGAUUGGGCGGCGCCGAAGGGGUCCAUUCUUGCAAGAAUAGCCCAGGCGACUUAUAUGCUGCUCGGAUGGUGGUUUUUUAUUGGGGAUUGCUGCUUGGAUCGGGAUACGGAGCGGGCAUUGAAGAGCGCUGCGGAUGUGGAUGGGGGUUGGGAGUCUGUUGACUUGGAGAGGUCAUUUGAAUGGUCGGCUAUGCCAUAUCUUUCUGGCAUUUUGACCAAAAAGAGUAUUUAA